AUGCGUCGUGGUGUUGGUAUUAGUGGAAUUAAUCAACAAUUACUUGAAAAAGCGAAAUUCAAUGAAAAAGGUUCAGAACUUGCACGUGAUCAUUUAGAUAAGCUUGCUAAACAAUUUGAAACAUUUCGUGAUAAUUUGGAAAGUUUUGCUGAAAAACAUAAAAAUGAAAUAAAAAAAGAUAUUGCAUUUCGACGACAAUUUCAAGAAAUGUGUGCAACUGUUGGUGUUGAUCCACUUGCAUCAAGUAAAGGUUUUUGGUCACAAGCUCUUGGUGUUGGUGAUUUUUAUUAUGAAUUAACUGUUCAAAUUGUUGAAGUAUGUGUUGCAACAAGUUCACAAAAUGGUGGUCUUAUUUCACUUGAUGAACUUUUAUUACGUGUACGAAAAGCACGUGGAAAAUCUCGUUCAGCACAAGAUGUUUCACAUGAUGAUAUUUUACGUGCAAUUAAAAAAUUACGUAUACUUGGUGAUGGUUUUACUGUUAUUGAACCAGCAAAUAAUCAAGGACGUAUACUUAUACAAUCAAUUCCAGGUGAAUUAAGUAUGGAUCAUACAGCUAUAUUAAAUUCACUUCAAACACGUUCAAGUUUUACUGUUGAACAAUUACGUGAACAAUUUAAAUGGUCAGAUGAACGAAUAAAAACAGCUAUUGAUUUUAUGAUUAAAGAAGGUCUUUUAUGGAUUGAUAAUAAUGGACGAAAUAUAGAAUAUUAUUUUCCUGGUUUAUUUACUGCACAACGUGUAAUAGCUGGUGAAAGUGUUUAA